UAGAGAACAAGUAGUCAACAACCAUAAAAUAAAAUGGAGCAAUAAAAUAAAAGUAUCAUCUUCUUCAGUUGGAACUUGGAAACCAAAUCCAAUGGCGACGGUUUCUAUGGCAUUCUGUGUCAACACAGUCACAUUUUCGAACCAUGGCCGACACAACAGGUCUCGAGGAAUGGCAUUUGCUAGUUUGGGCAAAGAAGCUACCACUCUGGGAGUGAAACUUACAGAAGGCGAAGGGAGUUUGCCAAAACUCGUGCUCACUUCACCAGCUGGUAGUGAAGCUGAAAUCUACCUCUUUGGAGGUUGUAUCACCUCUUGGAAAGUUCCCAGUGGCAAUGACCUCUUGUUCGUUCGCCCUGAUGCUGUUUUCAAUAAGAAGAAACCAAUAAGUGGAGGUGUCCCACAUUGUUUUCCUCAGUUUGGUCCUGGUCCAAUUCAGCAGCAUGGGUUUGCACGAAAUAUGGAUUGGACUGUUGCUGAUUCUGAAAGUGUGGAAGGAAAUCCCGUUGUAACUCUGGAACUGAAGGAUGCUCCUUAUAGUCGUGAUAUCUGGGAUUUCAGUUUCCAUGCUUUAUUCAAGGUCACUCUAAAUGCUAAGAGUCUUUCGACUGAGUUAAAAGUUAAAAACACAGACAAUAAGGCAUUCUCGUUUAAUACUGCCCUGCACACAUAUUUCCGUGCUUCUGUGAGUGGCACAUCUGUUAAGGGGUUAAAAGGUUGCAAAACUCUGAACAAACAUCCAGAUCCUAAUAAUCCAGUGGAGGGUACGGAAGAAAGGGAUGUGGUCACUUUCCCUGGAUUUGUAGAUUGCAUUUAUCUUGACGCUGCCAAUGAGUUGCAACUUGACAAUGGCUUGGGCGAUCUGAUAUCAAUUAAGAAUACAAACUGGUCAGAUGCUGUGUUGUGGAAUCCACAUCUUCAAAUGGAAGCAUGUUACAAAGAUUUUGUUUGCGUUGAAAAUGCUAAGAUUGGAAGUGUCCAGCUAGAGCCAGAGCAAACUUGGACUGCUGUGCAGCAUCUCAGCAUUGCUUGAACCGUACAAGCCUAGCUUGAUCAUCAUCAUUUUUGUCUUAUUUGAUUUGCCAAUAAUUUGUAUCUAUCUAUGCCACUAAUGGUUGGCUGCUAGUAAGAGAUUGGAUAAUUUCCCAGAGGUCAUAACUCUCAAUGCCAAACCUGGUUAAAUGUUUGUAAACAUCAUUGUAAUAGAAAAAGUGAAAGUUAUAAGAU